GGCGCGCGGCCGCGGGGGGCUGCAGGAGGAAGGCGCGGGCCGCGGCCGGGACCCUCGCGGCAGACAUGGACUUGCAUUGUGAUUGCGCCGCCGAAACGCCGGCCGCCGAGCCGCCGUCGGGGAAGAUUAAUAAAGCGGCUUUCAAACUGUUCAAGAAGAGGAAGCCGGGUGGCACCAUGCCCAGCAUCUUCGGGGUCAAAAACAAAGGGGACGGGAAGGGCGCGGGGCCGGCGGGGCUGGUGAGGAGCCGGACGCACGACGGGCUGGCCGAGGCGCUGGUGCUGGAGGGCGGCCGCCGCGAGGAGCCGCGCGCGGGCGGCGGCGGCGGCGGCGGCGGGGACGGGGCGCGGCCGGGCCCCGCGGCCCCCCGGGCGGCCCCGGGCGGCGCGGGCCCCGCGGCCGGCGGCUCGGUGGCCAAGUCGCACAGCUUCUUCUCGCUCCUGCGGAAGAACGGGAGACCCGAGAGCGGCAAGGCGGAGCAGGCCGACGCGGGCCAGGCCGGCGGCAGACAAAAGCGGGGGCUGCGGGGGCUCUUCGGCGGCGUGCGCUGGCGCAGGAAGGACCGGCGGCCCAAGGACGCGGCGCCCGCGGGGCGCGCGGGGGCCCCGGGCGGCCUGGCGCGGCCGGGCUCGCUCACCGCCAGCCUGGAGUGCGUCAAGGAGGAGGCGCCCGCGGCCGCGCGCCAGCCGCACGGCCCCGGCGCGGACGCCCGGCCGGAGCCAGCAGGUGAGCCCGCGGCGGGGGAGCCGACGCCGGCCGGCGCCCCGGGAGAGGGCGCCGCGGGGCCGGGGCGCGCCGAGCAGCCCCGCGCGCCCCCCGAGCCGCGCUCCGGUGAGGGCCGGCCGGCCGAGAACGCCUCCGGGCCCGGGGACGCGCCGGCCGAGACUGCGCCCCGGGCCGACUCCGAAGGCGGCCGCGCGCCCGCCGCCCCUGACCCUUCCUCGGUCGAUCCACCCUCAGACCCAUCGGCCGAUCGUAUUUGUCUGAUGUUUUCUGACGUGACUUCAUUGAAAAGCUUUGACUCUCUUACAGGCUGCGGAGAUAUUAUCGCAGACCCCGAGGACGAGGCAGGUCCCAGCUGUGCCAAGCAUGCCCCCGGGCCAGGUCAGCCAGCCCCCUCCAAAAAGACCCCGGGCGUGGUGGCCUACCAAGGAGGCGGGGAGGAGAUGGCGAGCCCGGCCGAGGCGGACGACUCCUACCUGCAGGAAUUCUGGGACAUGCUCUCCCAGACCGAGGACCAGGGAUCAGGGCCCCAGGAGGGGGCGGCCACGGCUACCGCAGCGCCGGAAGCCCCGGUGGCACCCGAGACCCCCAGAGACGCCAGGUGUGCGGAGGGUGCCCAGGACGCGUCCUCGGUCAAGCGCCGGAGGCUCAACCGCAUCCCCGCGGAGCUCCCCGCCAAGGAGGAGCCCCAGCACCCGGAGAAGGAGCCGCCGGAAGGCGCCCACAACGGUGACGAGGGCCACUGGGACUCCAGCACCCCUGGGCCCAAGGAGGACAGCUCGGGCGGCGCGAGGAAGGCGGGCCUCCCCCGGGACAGCGACAGCGGCGACGCGCUCUACGAUCUCCACGUGGAGCCCGAGGAAAGCCCCUCAGCCCUUCCCUCCGCCAGCGAGGAGGCGUCCAGCUUGUCCCGGCUGAAGCCUGUGUCCCCGGGCACCAUCACCUGCCCGCUGCGGACGCCGGGCAGCUUGCUGAAGGACUCCAAGAUCCCCGUCAGCAUCAAGCACCUCGCGACCCUGCCAUCCAGCCAUCCGGCCGUGCACCAGCAGCCAGCCAGGAGCGAGAUGCCCAGAACAAAAAUCCCGGUGUCCAAAGUGCUGGUCCGCAGGGUCAGCAGCCGGGGCUUGGCCGGGACCACCCUCCGGGCCGCGGCGUCGUGCCACGAUGGUGCCAAAAAGUUGUGAGGUCUCCAAGGCCAAGGUGGAGGGGCCCCGUGUCAAGGAAUACAACUUUCCCUGGAAACCACUUCGGCAAGUUUCGCUUCCCGCUCAAGAAAGGCUUUUCCAAUAGGCCCUGCUCCCGCGCCUGCACCGAGGAGGUCUUUGUGCCGCCGGCAGGGGCGGGACACACUGCAGAGGGGAAGCUUCACGCGGGCUUCUCCCCUCAAGAUAGAUCCCCGAGAAUUAUUUUCAAGCACCCUUUUUCCUUUUUUACCUUUUUUACAAAUCUUUUUCUUUUUCUUUUUUCUUUAAUGCACUGAACACUCGGAAGUCACCUUUACUUGCCUUUGCAGAAAGCAGGACUUCAAACCUAAAUGCGCAUCAGGCCGUGAUAUUUGUCUGUGUCAGGGUCCAGCGGGCCUGGAGGGACCGCCGGGAGAACCAGAGGGGCCCUCUUCUUCCUGACACGUCCCUUCCUUCCUUCCUUCUUUUCCUUUCCAGGAAAAAAAAAAAAAGACCCUUUGCUGUAUCACUGUGUGGAAAACACCUACGGAACUGAAAGAGACAGGUAUUUACCUGAUGAGCGGAGGGAUCGCUGAUUGGCAGGAAACCUGCCGACUUUCGGUUGCUAGGUAUGCAGACAGGCCUUUAUCUACCAACGAUGGAGGAGAGUUUGGGUUUGCUGGGUUUAUUUAGAUCAUUUGGGGAGAAAUAAAAUGCUCAGCAGAGCAGGGUCCCCCACCCCCACCCCACCCACCCAGUGCAGAAUUCAGGAUCAGGGGAAGAUUUCACUAGAUGCCAACAGACACAGUGCUUCAGCAUUUAUAAGCUGUAACCUCUUCAUGUGUAGAUAAUACAUACUUUACAGAUUAUCCAGCUGUUAACAUUUUAUAAUCUGUCCAUAAUCUCGAGUUUAAAAUCUGGUUUUGUAGCUAGACAUGAAAACAGGUCCCAAACCAUUGAUGUUCUUUUAGGUCCUAUAAACCGAAGCAAUUCUGUUUUUGUUUUAGAUGGGUUCUCUGGCUUUCAGUGCAGGAAAAAAAAAAUCUAUUGUGUUGAUGUCCCAAAGGAAUGGUUCUGCCUUGUCUUAGGUAGGAGUCUAUUCGCUUCUCACCCUAGACCCUGGUUUUCAGAUCUUUUACCUUGGUUAUAAAAUUUUUGGAGUCAAUCAUUUCUCAGUGUGGGGAGUCCAAAACAAGGAACACAUAAAGAAAAACCAUAGAAAAUGUCGUUUUGCCUGUCCUUUGACUUCUGUUUUAUAGAUUUAGGACUGAGACAUGUAUGUUCAGAAUAUGGCACUUGGGAAUCUUAUGCAUAAGAAGUAUCUUGUGCCAAGAUGAUUUUUGAAAAGUGGUUUACUUACAUGUAUGUUUCCUGUUAUUUUAGAUGAAGCUUUCAUUUCAGAAAGGGUUACCAAAUGCCAUGAUAGUUUGAAUGAUCAACUCAAUUGGUUCCUAGAAUGCUGUUAGGGUCUAAUGAUUAUAUAGUAUCCUCUGUGAAAUGCACUUCAGUGCAUUUAAGCAAGAGACCAGAGCUUCCACUAGGAGAGAAUUCAUGGUAUCAGGAAGAUGAGACGUUUUCCAGUGCAGCUGCACACACGUAGAAGACAUACACACUUCUGGAUGACUCUCAUUUUCCGGAGAGAUUCCCUAAGUAGUGAACUGAUUUUACAUGCUUUUUAAAUUUGUUCUCUGUUUUGCGAAGGAAAGAACCAGGCAAGUUAAGUACGUGAAAACCUACUUUAGCAAUCUGAAGGAAGGAACAAACAGACGUCAAAGGAAUACAAAUCUGAGGCCACAGCACAAAGCAGGUUGUUUUCCAUUUCAAAUCUGCAGUGAUUCCAUUAGAAGAGGUGGUAGAGAUUUGCUGAAUGUCUUUAUUAUUCAGAUGACUGGCUUUUAUUGCAUCAUGUCAGAUCUUUAAUGUUAUUUCAAAGUAGUGCUUUGAUAUUUAAUUGCCUUGGGUCUAUAGAUGAGGUCCUGUAGGCAGACAGCCUUCAGCACUCAGAGUCUACCGCUAGGAAUUCAUCCAGCAGUCCACACUUCAUGUGCUCACGCACGCAGCUGUGCACAGCUAACAGACAAAGGCGUUCACUGUGAACUUGGAGAUAUUUUAGGAAUCAGUUCUGUCUGGAGAAGGGGAUUUAAAUUGGAUUCAACACCCAUAGUACAAGGUAGACUCAAAAUAUGGUCAUUUCCCCGUAGUGAAUGGAAAGACCGUAAAUGUUAUUCUAGGUGUAAAACAAAGGAUCUUUAUUUUCUUCUGGUUCAUCUUCUUGCAAGGGUUCCAUUCUUCUCUGCAUGAACCCUAACAGAGUUAUAUUAGUUCAACUGUUCAGUUGCACAGGGAAGGGAGGAGGACCCGAAGGACUGAUGAGAAUAUUGUCAUAGGAAAGGUAACCUAUUUAUCUAUUUUGUAAGCCCUGGAACAAACUAUUCUUGCCUUCACAGUUUGGGACUUAUUUCUGCAUUUACACCACUGUGCUGUUUUCUUUUUAUAAGUAAAGGAAAAUGUCGGCCAAGUCUACCUUAAUUUCCCCUUGCCUGCCACUUAACCAGUUACACAAGAUUUAAAAUACUUUCUUUUCAUUCUUUUUGCCAUAUAUUUUCUGUGUUUUUUUGCUCUCUCUCUCAGAAUUACACCUGCACCUGUCAAAUGAAGGAUUCAGACAAUAAAUUAAAUGGCCUCAAUCACUUGAUGGGAACUCAGGACCAGUGCAGGAAGGUGUGUCUUAACCUUUUCCAACCACAGACAAGGGACGUAGUUGCCUUUUUGUGCCAAGGGCUACUUUCUCUCAUUCAUGGAGAUUGUUUUCUAGACUUUUAAUAGAUUUACAUUCCAAUUAAUGUGUUCUCUGAUUUGGCCAUAUUUGCUGAUUUUUUUAAGGAAAGCGUUGGAUACGGGCUACCUAUGAUUCUGAGAUACUUGGUUGAUUAAUUCCCUGUAGUCAAAGAGUUGGCCAGAUCAUAUGGGAAAAGGUCCACUCAGUCGUUGGCCCUGAGUUCAUCAGUCAGUGUAAUAGCUUUGCACAAAGACAGCCUGACUUCAAUACCUGCGCUCCCCGGACAGUGUUACUUGCACCAUUCUGCUUCAGUACUGAUGCUUUUGUAUUUCCGUUAGCACCAGCGAGGAGAAACUGCUGACAGCCUUCUGAAUAAUCACAGGAGGAAACAGACUUUUAUUAUCUCUCCUAAUAACAACAACAGAAUAGAGAACCACUAAGGACUUCCUUUAGAUCCGUUUCCCACAGAUUAUCUGCCUACUUAAAUGCGAAGUGUGCGAUGUGGUAGGAAAGUGAUGACUUAUUGAGUUCAAAGGGUUUAUUCAUUAAUCUCAGAAGUAGUGUUCAGGUAUUUGCACUGACAUGAUUCUUCACAUGACCUUUCACCUACACAAAAAGUAAAUCAUCAAAAGGAAAGUUACCAAAGUAAAGAGACUGUAUCAGAUACCAAGAUGUCUUUGGCUGAGCUUUUCUGAGUUCUCGCUGUUUAAGUCUUGGUCAGGUUAAUUUCCGGCAACUUUUUACCGUGAACUUUGUACGAAGAGAUUGGUUAGGGUAGCUUUCUGUCCUCGCCCUCGGCCUCCGCCGUGUUUGUGCGGUGCCCUCGGGUGGCAGUCCGGGGCUGCUGCUUCUGGUGUUUGUUUUCACAUCUGCACCGUGGAACUCAGUCCCCGCUUGUAGUCACUGUAGGUUUCUCUCCUGAAUUAGAACUAUGUGGACAUGGCCCCCUGUGCUUGGCUUCUACUGAGCAUGUCCCUGGACAGUCACAUAGACUUAGCUCCCCUUAUGAUUGUUAAGAAGUUAAUCCAAGGAUUUUAUACCCUUAAACAGAAGGAAAAAGCAUCACCAUUGUGUGUAUUUAGCACCACUGAGGGCGGCCCAUUAGAAGGACCUGGAUGAGGGUGAAGGUAGAGCUCAGGGGUAGAGCACGUGCUUAGCAGGCACGAGGUCCUGGGUUCCAUCCCCAGCACCUCCACUGAAAAAGAUAAAAAAUAGAAGGACCUGGAUGAAACAAGAGGAGAAACCCAAAUACCACCUUCCAAUCCCAUUUCCCUCCCCCGAUGCAGGCAGACAGGGAAUACAUGGCACAGGUCUUGUUUAUUCUUCUUUAGGAGUUUUCAGUUCUCUAUGCACAAGUACUUAGAAAGCAGUGGGGACCCUGAGGCCAGUAUGGCAGCUGGAGUCUCAUGUGGGGAAGCGCAAGGCCAGCAUUUCCUUUCCGAGAGGAGGCGGCUGUAAUGUUGUCGGGUGGUGUGGGCGUGCGGCCCCUCCCCCAGGGCAGGGAUUGAUCCUGCGACCCUGUCCUGCCCUAGAGAGCCUCUGAUGACUCAUGGCUGUCCUGGAGCCUUCUCACAGCCUUCUCACUGUGAUGACCAUUGAAAGGAGUCAGUUUGUUGCAACAAUAGCCACUUACAAGGAACGUUAUCUCCCUACAGAUAAUGUUUCAAAGGAGAGAUUCAGAAGGGGAGUUUCAUGAUUAUGGAAAGGAAUUCCUUUUCAAACCGAAAAACAGAAGAUUAAAACAGUCACUAAGCCCGAGCACUGGAACUGGGCACAUUUUAUGACUGAUACUUGCUUUAACUCAAUGCACCACGUAUUCAGGGGCAUAGACUGUACCUAGGGCUUCACAAAACCCCGUUCCGUUAGGAGCCCCCACGUAACUGCGCUGGAAUCAAAGAUUCUUUGUAGUCAUUACAAACCCCUUUAUUUUACUUUACCUCCUUUUAUUUUGUAUUUUUUGCUUGUAGUUUGUGGGCUGGAGCAGAGUGGCGUGAGAUUGGACAGGGGUAGUGUCGAAUAGGUCAUGCAAAGCCCUCUAAAAAUAAUCAUUGUAACAAGGCUGACCGUGUGCUGAGUGCUUGCUCUUGCCAGCCUCUCCCAGGAGCUUUACAGGUGCUUAGUGCUCUCAGCAGCCAUGUGGGUGAGGCGACGCUAUGUCCCUAACAGGGCACACGUACUUCAUCCUUUCUGUUUGUUCCUAGUCUAUUCCAUCCGUCCGUCUGUCUGUCUAUCCACCCAGUCUCCGGGACAGGGAUAUACACUCUUGAGUGACUUACAGUAAUACCAGAGCUGAUACCAAUACUGCUUAAUCUCAUCACCAGCUCACUCUCAGUAGGGAAAGAGCUAACGCAUGCCUCACGCAGCCGAGGGCUGACGCGCCCAUCCUGGGGGAAGGCUGCCCCUGCCUACCGUUCAGAGACAAACAUCUGCCUCUCUUUGGAGGAAUCCUUGCCUUCGUGGGAUUGACUUCAGCAGUGUGGACGGAAAUCUCUUCCGUUGUCAUGGCGAUGCUCCUUCCCUGAUGGGGUUUCAGUCAUUCCGAGCACGUUUUGUUUUCCCACCUUACGCCCAGUCUAGGCUGGUUCUGGGUGUUCUGUGUUGUCUGUUUGAAUAGUAGGGAGCGGUGACCCCUCCCCUUGACACAAUUCCAAACUGCAGGGGAAGCUCCUGUCUCUGGUCUUGAAUCCUUGCUUAGAUGUUCUGAUUCGUUAAUUCCUUCAACUAAUAUUUACUGAGCACCUCUAAGUCAGUCACUGUGAAUUUGAAUAUUUUAUAUUUAGUUAAAAGAACGGAACAUAAACUUUGUGUUCAAGCCGGGAUGAUGCUCUGUGUUCUCUGUUAUAGUCCUGUUCGCAGGAACCAGGCGAGGUGGGUAGCACUCUAGUCUACAGAGGAAGAAAAUGAGGAAAAGGAAAAUUUUUGUCCUAAGUCACUCAUUAAUAAGCAGAGGACAGAAUAUGAACCAGAAAUCUAGCUCUCUGGCUCAUGCUUUAAUUAUAAAUCUUUUUUAGCCUUGUGAAUCAGUUUUUAUGCGACUUGUUUUUGG